CAACCAAACCACCAUCUCCUAUAAAUACCCACCAAUCACUCUUAAAGAAACAUCAUUUUUCAACAACAACAGAAAUUCUCUGCAAAAAUUCUGUGUCUUUGCUGCAAUGGGUGUUCUUCAGAUCUCGAUGGUUCUUCAUGCUAAGCAAGUUAUCCGAAGGCGGCCGCCGCCGUCUAAAAGGUCGACGGUGGCAGAUGUUCCAAAAGGGCAUUUUGCAGUUUAUGUGGGAGAGGAGGGGAGGAAGAAGCGGUUUGUGGUUCCAAUAUCCUACUUGAAGAAUCCUCUGUUUCAGGACUUGUUGAGUAAGGCAGCGGAGGAGUUUGGUUUUGAUCAUCAAAUGGGAGGGCUUAUAAUUCCAUGUGCAGAGGAAGAUUUUAUUCAUCUUGCUUCUCGUUUGAAUAGCUCCAGGAGCUAAUAGCCUUAAUAUUGUAUUUUUGAGCCUUUUUUUCUUCUUAUAGAUAUGUAAAUGAGUAAAGGAUCAUUAAUUGUCUUUUGUGAUUGGAGGGUUCCUUAAAACCAAAAAUAAUGCUAAUAGAAUAUUGAUAAG